AUGUGGAACACCAAGGAAACUGAUGUUUUGAUUCCGACUAAGACAAAGGGAAAUGUGCCUGAGGAUGCUAGUGAAAAGUCUGCUGCUGCUGGGGAUGUACUUGGACUUGCUAGUUAUGCCUCAGAUGAGGAGAUCCAGAGUUCUGGUAAGCUAGAGUCAAAAGAAGACUCUUCACAUGAGCAAUCAAUUUCAAGCAAGCUUUCGAUAGGAACAUCUGCUGUUCAGCAUGGUGGUUCGAAGGAAGAAGCUGUUGGAUGUGGUAAUAUUCUUGACAAUGCAGAAACUGAUGGUACUGGAAAAACAAAGGCAAACACUACGGGUGCAAAUCUUGGUGCCGCAAGUACAGUGUUGUAUGAUGAUAGGGCAGCUAGAGAUUUGGCAUGCAGUGAUAAUCAACGCUCCUCCGAGACAGAAUCUGAAGUUGCAGAAGAUGAAAUGCGACAUGUCUAUGAUGCUUCCAAGUCCAAGAAGACUACUUGGAAAGGCUGA